UCGGACAUUCAGUUGCCCGUGGAUCCGCCUGCCGCACCUCGUGCAUCUGAUGUGGCGGGGCAUAUCGGCCAACUCGCCGAGGCGCUUCAGCGUGCGUGGCGUCUUCCCCGUGCUGUCCGCACAUAAUGAGUACGAAAUCACAGCAUCCUCGUGGGUCACUGCCCGCGGAGGAUUCGGCGGCGAGAGUUGUGGCCAAAUGCUGGUGGCAACGCUCGCAGAGGAUCGCGCCACCUUGACGAGAGUGUCCAGUGUGGAUUCAGCGUGGGAGCCUUGGAUUCCGACCGUCCGUCGCCCUGCCGACAUUCCUGCCGACGGGAAUGCAGAGCGUUUCCACGAGGACCCUUUCGCUCCAGACACUGUGGCGCCACGCUGGUCUGCAUUCGCAGAUGGCCGGUACUACUUGAGCAUGAUGAUUGACCACGGAUGGGCCCACUUGAUGAACGGAGAUGUCGGCCUUGCCGCCAUCCACGCUCUGGGCCCCGACGGUCACGCCUUCGAGCGGGUCAAUCUCUACGGUGAUUCCAGUUGUCUCAUGGCGUCGAAGUCCGCAAGUGGCAAGAAGAAACCAUCAAUGACGCCAUGUGCUGGCGCCGACGGCUUGAAUUCCAUCGACUCGCGUCGUCGGAUCGCUGGUGCCUCCAAUCCAGCAUUGGUUCCAUUGGUCUGUCCAUGGGUGCGCGACUUCCAGUGUCAGGCGGGUGCGACGCUGGAGGAUUUCGCCACGUGGAUGAGAGAUGACAUCUUCUUCAGGUCUUUAUGGCGCAACAGCUACAAGCGCUACAAGCAGGAGCGCGACGCGCCGCUUGCCGCUGCUGCCGGAGACCGGCGGCAACGCCCGCACUCUUGA